AUGAAAAAUGUUCCCAAACAGCUGCGACAGUUCUUUGAUAUCGAGGCGGAGGUGGACAGGGAGGAUUUCAAUGGUGAUGAUGAGGAGGAUGGCCUCCACGACGACUUCAUUGACAACAAGGAGCCAACUGUGUGUGAGCCAACUGAACCACAUCCAUCAUGGAACAACCUUCAAAACGGAGACAAAAUCGACAAUGUCCUGGCUGGAAUCAUGGCACAAUCACGGUCCUACGCAGCGACUGCACCAACUCACGUCGAAUCCAGCGAUGACCUUGCCUACAUUGCAGGCAGAUUACUGAGUGCUGAAGACUAUCCGCUUUGGCGUGUUGGCUGCAGGCUGGGUCUCGAGGAGGAAGCUGUGUUUUUGCUCCUGCUGAAGGCAAGGGAAGAGCAUCAAAUCCGUUCUGUGUUCACAUGUGGGUCGCUGCGAGGUUGGGUCUACCUGGAGGCCCUCAUGAAUCCAAAUCUCAUCCACCUCCUCAAGCGGACACCCGGAAUCAUUCGCACCAAACAGGGCAUUGUACAGCACAGAAUCGAACCCUCGGAUUGGCUGCAAAUGUUGACAAUGACGAACCCUGACACUUCCAUGGAAGUGAACCAGUGGGUCCAAAAACAUUAUGACUUUCACUCGCUCGCCUCUACUGCUGUUGACAUGCCAUCUUACUUCUUCCUUCUGUUCAAAGCCAGCGACCACCCCAGCCUUCACACAUCCAGAUUUCCUCACCCUCAAGAAUGGAUCUUUGAACAAGGCGAACAUGUUAUCAUCUGUUCUUCAGGCAAAAGCGGCGUAGUGGCUGUUGUUGGAACUAACAACUUGGAAGUCAAUCUCAGAGCAGAAAACGGUACAGAAAAUUUUCCCUGGAGUGAUAUCCAGAAGGAUGUUCGCAUCGGGGAUUUCAUUACCGUUACAAGUGGACGACUCCAUGGCACAACAGGGUGGGUCAACAAGGUUGAUGAAGAUGUUGUCCAUGUCAUAGAGAAGCACAUUGACGACCAUGACACAGACACCAAUCUCAGCAGUUCCCUCAAGGAAUUCAAAGUCCAUCUGAAUUGGCUGAAAGUUACCACUGCCCCGUUCCUCCAUGCAUUGCGCGCACCCAGCCAAGUCCUCCCACUUUUCAAAGACCAAGUGCCAUGGAUCGGCACCUCUGUCACUAUAUUCAGAAUUGGUCAUCCUUACAAGGGAUGUUCUGGCGUCGUCAAAAAUGUUCUCUGCGGCCAACCGACGGAUAGCGGGCUGAGAAUCGAGAUGCAACUCACCUACCUGGAUCUCUCAAAGCCUUUCCCACUCAUCGUUGUUGACUAUGGCAAUGUCAUUGAAACAAUCACCACGCUACAGCUGUUCAACUACGCCAAACCCACAAGCAUCCUCUUCAAGCCAAAUGAUUACAAGCCACGGCCUGCACUGUUGCAGGCGUCAACCUCCAGUGGGCCAACUCAGACUCCUGCACCCACAACACCUGGCUGGAGUCUGUCUUCGCAACCCAUUUCAUCGACACCUGCCUGGGAUCCUUCAUCACGAACACCAAUUUCUUCCCCCAUGUCACCUGUCACCACCACCAGCAGUACUGCCCUGCUGCUACAAGAAUUGCCUCAUCAUUUGCUUUUGGACCCACGCCUGGUUGGCACAACCCUAAAGGUUAUUGUAAAUGGUGGUAGCUACAGUGAGAAGGAGCUUUCUGCCACCAUCGACGAGGUCGAUGGACAGGUCAGCAUCUGCCAUGUUGUAUAUAACAAAUCGACUGGCCUUCCUCCAGAGUGGGUCUCACCGAAACAUCUGAAUGCGACACACAAUAAUGGACUUCUUGUUGUCAUCAAAGGUGAACACUGCAGCAAGCACCACGAUGGACAGGUGCUCAUGAACUUGGCUGUUGUGAGGAGGUCACCCAGCACAGCGGACACACUUUUGGACAAACAACUGGAACUUAUGACAGACUUUCUUUGUGUAGGCUCAGAAUCCAAGGAGGAGAAGAAGCUGAAUAGUUCUCUAAUGACCUCUCUAUGGGAUGAUAUGCGCAAACUAGCUCGUGGAUAA